AUGUCAUAUAAUAAUAAUAUCAAUCAUUAUACACCUAGAUAUGGUAAUAAUCCAUCAAGGAAAAGUUAUGAUAACAAUAAUGAUAACUCCAACAAAGAAUCAAACAGUUACUCAGUGAGUAAGAUACGAGAAAAUAAUAAUAAAACGAAUAAUUCUAGCCUACCUACAUCCUCAUCAUCAUCAACAGGUUCAGGCCCAGGCUCAGGCCCAGGCUCAGGCUCAUCAUCAAGCUAUUAUAAUAGAAGAGAUUACUAUCCUGUUUCAACUUACAAAUCCAGGUAUGGUUCUUAUUCAAGUUCAAGUUAUAAACCAACUUCAUUUUCAUCCAAACCAAUGGGUAAAUCAUAUAAUAAUAAUUCCUCAUAUUAUUCAAAAAGAAGACCAAAUGAUUCAUUUUCAAAACAUCAAGACAAUUCUUCAAAUAAAUUUAUAUCGAAAACGAGUAAUUAUUCGUCAAAUAACAACAAGGGCGAAUCAACAAGGGCAUUUACUAGUUCUGAUUACACAAGUUGGAGAAAAAAACCUUCACCUUCAAUAUUAUCUAAUAAACCUAUAAUUUCAGCUACAAAACCAUCAGUUUCAAGUACAAAACCAACAAGUUCAAUACCAAUAUCAAGAACAGGUGAAAUAUCAAAAUCACCGGUGGAUACAACAUUGUCAAGUUAUAAAGAUGAACGUCGAUCUACAAAAUCGACAAAUGAUGAUCAACUACUUUCCAAUACCACGAGCAAUGAAAACGGUACGGUGCCUGAUAAAUCAUCUUUAUUUAGUUCUAGUGAUUAUACAAAAAAGACCAGUUAUGAUAUUUAUUCCAGGAAAAAUAGCAAAGAAGAUCAUCAAAGAAGUCCUUCAAAUGAUUUGUCAAGAAAAAGCUCAAUAAUCAAAGAAGAAAAUAGAAGCACGUCGCAAGAUGCUAUCAAGUAUGGUAAAUUAGAUUCAAAUAAUUAUGAUGUUAAAUCAGAAACUAAGUUGGACAAAGAUCAAAGCAGGAGUAAACUGCCCAUACAUAACACUCAACCAAAUUCAAUUAAAAAGAAAACAUCAUUUGCCGAAUAUUGGAAGCAAACCAAGGCUAAAAAGUAUGAAGAUAAAGUAAGAGAGGAUUACAAACCUAAAGAUGAAGCUCGAUUCAAAGAUUAUCACAAAAUAUACUACAAUGAAGAUAAAAAAUCAGGAGAGAAUACUCCUGAUUUAAAGGUAAAUAAAGAUGAGCCAAUACUGGAUGAAAAUCCAAUCAUUAAUAAAGAUGUAAAUCCAAUAAUUGAUAAAGAGGAUAUAGCAGCUUCACCAACAUUGAUUAAACUGGAAAAUGAACAAACUGAAGAAAAAACGCACUCCGAAACUGAGUCUAAUAUUGAUGAAUAUUCGAAAUCAAGAGAAAAAUUAAGAGAAAAUUCAAGAGAUAUUGUAUCUGAUAAAGAGGAAUUUAAAGACAAAUCACAAGAUGAAGACUCAAAGAAUCAUCUGGAGACGAAGAAAACAGAAGAAUUGACAUCGUCAAAUUCAAAACAAGAUAUUAUAGAAUUUAAUAUAAAUGCAAAUGCAAUUUCAGAUGAAUCACAAGAACCUAAAAUUGAUCAUAAAUCUGACAUAAAUGAAGAUGUUGAAUUAUCUGAAGCUGAAACUGUGGUAACGGAUGUUCCAAGUUUAAAUGAUGGUCGAAAAUUGAUUAUAAAAGAUGACAAUGAUGAACGACAUAGAUUGAAAAGAAAGUAUCGAAACAUUAUAACUUCUGAUGAAGAAGACGAAGACAUGGAAUCACAGACUGAUUUCAAACAAUCAAAAACAAAUCAUCCUUAUAAAAUCAAAAGAGAUGCUGGAGGACGUUCUCUAUUACAAAGAGCAUGUAAAAAAGGUAAUUUUGAAGAUGUUAAAAGUUAUAUAUUUAGUGGAGCAAGUGCAAAUGAAAAUGAUUUUUGUGGUUUUACUUGUCUUCAUGAAGCAGCUUUAGAAGGACAUAUUGAAAUUGUUAAAUUUUUAAUUGAGAAUGGUGCUGAUGUAAAUGCAAAAGCAGAUGCUGCUGGUAAUUCUGAAACUCCUUUGAUAGAUGCUGCAGAAAACAAACAUCUUGAAACAGUAAAAUUGCUAUUAGAGCAUGGAGCUGAUCCUACUAUUUAUAAUAUUGAUGGAUUUACGGCAUUGACAAAAAUUUAUAAUGAACAUGCAAACGAAGAAGGUUAUGAAGAAAUAAUUGAAGUUUUAGAAGAUGCAAUUUCAACAUUCAAUAAAAAUAAAGAUUUUACUAAAUCAAAAACUGGAACUCCUGAAUUAGGUGGUAAUAUAAUUGUCGGUGAUCCUCAUGAAAGUUAUUUUGCUGAAUUAAUUAAGAAGAAAGGAAUUUAUAAAUAUGCUGCUGAAAAUUCUAAAGAGAUGACUGCUAAUUAUUUUGUUUCGGGAAAUAGUCUUGAAGAUAAUGUGGAUGUGUUAAUUUUAGCAGCAAGAAAUGGUCAUUGUGAAUUAGUUGAUAUUAUAUUAGGCCUAAAUUCAACAUCUUUUAAUAUUGAUACUGAAAAUUCUUGUGGGACAACUGCACUAUUAGCCAGUGUUGGUAGGGGUCAUAUAGACGUAGUUGAGAGUCUAUUAUCAAAAGGUGCUGACCCAUUUAAGUAUAGAAGAGUUGAUAAUUUGAAUACAAUGGAUAUAGCACAUCAUUCACCAAAAUAUAAUAAUGAUGAAAUUGAUUUGCUUGCAAAGUAUAUGAAUAAAAAUGUUUCACACUCACCAACAUCGAUUACAACAGAUUCUUCAAAGCCUGAUUUAAAGAGAGAAGCAUCAAUUCAAUCUACAGGUGAAGCAGAAGAAAAGAUACUGGGAUUGAAUACUGACGAGAAGAGUGGUGAUGAACCAGUUGAAGAUGAUCAAAUUAAACCAAAUACAUUAAAGAGAAGUUCCAGUUCCAGUCCCGAAGAAAAUCGAAAGAGUGAUGAAGAAGAAGAUGAAGCUGAUACACAACAUCAAUUUAAAAAAGUUAAAUCGGAAUCAAGAUUAUCAUCAUUUCAAUAUGAAAAAGCAAAAUCACCUAAUUGGAAACAUGAUUCUUUAUCUCUAUCUUCAUCUUCAGCAACAACACCACCCCAACAACAAGUUUUAACUAAAGAACAAGAAGAGUUGAAAAUAAAAAAUGCUGAGGAAGCAAGAAUCUGGCAAGAAAAAGUGGAAGCUAAAAAAAGAGUUAGAAAACAAAUGUUUUUAAAACAUGAAAAGGAGAAAGAGUUGAAAAGGAAAGAAGAAGAGGAAAAACGAUUACAAGAAGAACAUAGGUUACAAGAAAUUAAAUCAGCUCAAGAUGCAAAAAUGAAAAGUAUUGAUUUGGAUACUCAAAGAAUCAAAUUGAGGAAAAUUUUAACAAUUGAUAAUUAUCCAAGUGGAUUAUAUUCAAUUAAAUUUAAUUCAAAACCUAAUGAAUCAUCACUUGAAAAAUUUUUACCUUUAUAUGUUUUCAAUUUUGAAGGACAAAGAUACAUAACAGAUUUGCAAGUAUCAUUACUUACAUUGAGAAAGAUUAGUAACUUAAAGAAUCAUCUAAAUUUCAAUUCAUUUAUUCCUAUUUCAAAUAAUGACAAAUGUAAAAUUUGGAAAUUAUUUGAUAAAUUUUUCAAUCCAUUAGGAAAUCAACCAAUAACAAAUCAAUUUAAACUUCAAAAUUUGAAACAAUUUCAACAAUUGUUGAUUCAUUUCAUUGCAAUAGAUGAUGUUAUUUCAUUCUUACAUCAAAAACACCCAGAAAUUAUUGAGAUGAUUAAUGUUGUUAAACCAAUUGAUGUGGUAAUAGAUUCAUUAAGUGGAUUUGAUAUUGAACUUGAAGAAAUUGAUGAUAUAAUGAAUAUAAAUGAUGAUAAAUUUAAUUUUAAAGUUGAUUUAGAACAUACAAAUAAAUUCAUUCCACCAAAUUUAAAUCAUAGAAAAGAAAUUCUUGAAACAAUUGGUAAAUCAUCUCGUCCAUUAUGGUGA